GAAGCAAACCGCCGCGACUACUGCUUCUAUAAAUAAUCCUCGUAACACCUUUACGAAGUUGAUUAUCGUUUGGACGUUCUUGUGGUCACACUUCGCACGCGUAUAACUAACAAAUUUCAUUCAAAAAACAGCAAUAUUUCAAGAUGUCCGGAACAAUAUGCAUAUUGUUUGUCUUGUCGGUGACAGGAUGCUUGGCAGCAAUCAGUGAAGUAAAGUCAAAUAACCCAAUCACACAAAAACCUGGCCGAUUUCUCAGCUUGCCAGUUGCCGAAAAAUGUAGCUCAAGACCUAAAGAAUUUAAUUACAAAGGACGUAAUUAUUUCUUCAGUGGACACACUCAACAAUGGAAAACAUCCAAAGUAGAUUGGUUAGAAGCGAGAAAUAUUUGCCGCGAACACUGUAUGGAUUUAGUAUCCAUUGAAACACAAGAGGAAAAUAACCUCAUUUUCAGACUGAUACAACAAAAUGAUGUACCAUACAUAUGGACUAGUGGAAGACUUUGCGACUUCAAGGGUUGUGAAAACAGAGCAGACUUGGAGCCAAAAAAUAUUAAUGGUUGGUUCUGGUCAGCUACACGAGGCAAGAUCUCAUCGACAAAUCAAAUGCCAGCCAACUGGGCGUACAACCCAUGGAGCAAAGGUGGUCAUAAGAAAGCCCCACAGCCAGACAACGCAGAAUUUGAUAUUAAUGGUACCGUUGAAUCUUGUUUGAGUGUGUUGAACAACGUGUAUGGUGAUGGUAUCGCUUGGCACGAUAUUGGAUGUUAUCACGAGAAACCUUUCGUUUGUGAGGAUAGUGACGAAUUACUCAACUAUGUAGCUGCCACAAACCCUGGUAUUCGACUUUAAAAAAUCAAGCUUUCUUUCUCACAUUUUUCUCGUGUUAUUAUUAGUUGUAAAUCAUUUAAAUCAUUCAUCAUCCUACAUUGUUGUUGUUGGUGCCUUGCCAUUUUCUCGCUAAGCGUUAAAAACAUUACCUUUCUUUUUCUUUUAAUUUUUUUUUGACUGAAUAUGAUUUGGGUAAAUUGUAAAAGCAUUGUACAUUAUUAUAUUUUUUUAAAUAAAUUACCUAAAUCGUGAUGUACAUUUUUAAAAUCACGUCUUUA